AUGUCUUCCUCAUCUUCAUCCUCGUCUGCCGCUGCGACGGCCCAUUCAUUCAAUAAAAUUCUCAACCAGUUCAAGCUCUCAUCGAAGAUACGAACUAUACAUGAUAUUGAAGAGUCUGUAAAGAAGCUCCGGCGACUAAUCCUCGUCGACGGAAUCCCAUCUGCGGAUACAUCCCUGCGCCCUAGGAUAUGGAAGAUCCUACUACGCGUACAGGACGUGUCGGCAGACACAUUCCUGGAGUACGUCGCACGAGGACCAUGCGAGGUUCGAGAGAAGAUCCGGAAUGAUACUUUCAGAACUCUAGCAACAGAUCGCGGGUUCAAGGAACGGGUGAGAGAAGACAUGCUAGUGCGCCUCCUAGACGCGUUUGUAUGGCGGAAUUAUGACAGACAAGACUCAGAGACGCAUCAAUUCGGCUUCACGUACGUGCAGGGAAUGAAUGUCCUUGCUGCACCUUUCUUGUAUACAAUGCCGUCCGAGCUGGAGGCGUUCUUUUGUUUUGCCAAGUUCAUUGAGGAGUCAUGUCCCCUCUAUGUACAACCAACUCUUGAGGGACUGCUUGACCGUUGCCUUAAGAUCGUGGAUCCGGAGCUAUAUGCCUAUCUGCGUAGCAAAAAUUUGUCCGCAGAGAUCUAUGCGUUCCCAUCGAUAUUGACAUUAUGCGCAUGUACACCCCCACUCGACCAGGUUUUGCAGCUCUGGGACUUCCUCUUGGCGUUUGGGGUGCACCUCAACGUACUUUGUGUCAUCGCACAACUCCUCCUUAUGCGAGAUGAGGUCAUGAACUCUUCGAGUCCCAUGCGCCUACUUCGCACGUUCCCUCCGCUUGAAGCUCUGCCGGUCAUUGGCAUUGCUGUUACCCUAGUCCGUGAUCUCCCGACAGACCUUUAUGACGAGCUUGUACGCCAUCCGUACGCCGUGCAAGACCAGUAG